CUGGGGAUUGUACUUGGAGACUGGAAAGGAGCACUUUACCAUUUCAUCUCACAGAGUUGAAAGCAAAAUUCUGACCAGCUGGUGUGUGUGUGUGCAUGUGUUUUUUGGCUCUUUCAAGUACGGACCUGCUUGCACAAAACGCACUCAUCCUCGGAGUCUGUCAGAAGCUCAUGCUGCAGACGCACUCGCUCUCCAAACUCACUUUUACGCACGGCGGCGGAGCAAAAGAGGACCAGCUGCAGUGCUUUCUGCGCACUCCUCUCAUUUCAAAGACUUUGAUUAAACUCAUUCUGGCAACUUAAAGUCGCUUUUUUUAAAGAGGCGUUUUCCUCUCGCGAGAAAGCAGAGAUAACUCCAACCGUUUCACGCGUAAUUUGGUACCAAACAGUUUUUCGUAUGAAUCUCCUCGACCCUUACCUGAAGAUGUCGGAGGAACAAGACAAGUGUCUCUCUGAUGCCCCGAGCCCGAGCAUGUCCGAGGACUCUGCGGGCUCUCCGUGCCCGUCCGGUUCGGGCUCUGACACCGAGAACACCCGGCCGUCUGAGAACGGGCUGCUCAGAGCGGACGGAACCCUGAACGACUUCAAGAAGGACGAGGAGGAUAAGUUUCCCGCUUGCAUCCGCGACGCAGUGUCCCAGGUGCUUAAGGGCUACGACUGGACCCUCGUGCCUAUGCCGGUGCGCGUUAACGGAUCUACCAAGAACAAGCCUCACGUAAAGAGACCGAUGAAUGCCUUCAUGGUGUGGGCUCAGGCUGCGCGGAGGAAGCUGGCGGAUCAGUACCCACACCUGCAUAACGCGGAGCUCAGCAAAACUCUGGGGAAACUCUGGAGACUUCUCAAUGAAGGCGAGAAGCGGCCGUUUGUGGAGGAGGCUGAGCGACUCCGGGUGCAGCACAAGAAGGAUCACCCGGACUACAAAUACCAGCCCCGGCGGAGGAAGUCUGUGAAGAACGGGCAGAGCGAGACUGAGGACGGCAGCGAGCAGACGCACAUUUCCCCUAAUGCCAUCUUCAAAGCUCUCCAGCAGGCGGACUCUCCUGCCUCCAGCAUGGGAGAGGUGCACUCUCCGGGUGAGCACUCAGGCUCCCAGGGGCCCCCCACCCCUCCCACCACCCCUAAGACUGAUGUCAGCUCAGGCAAGAUGGACCUAAAGCGUGAAGGAGGCCUCCGCUCUCUCGCUGACGGGCCUGGCGGGCGCCAGCUCAACAUUGACUUCCGUGAUGUGGACAUCGGCGAGCUGAGCAGUGAUGUCAUCUCCCACAUCGAGACCUUUGACGUCAACGAGUUCGACCAGUACCUCCCGCCUAACGGUCACCCGGGCUCUGCAGGCGGCCCUGGCAACUCAGCGGCCGUCACCUACACCGGCAGCUACAGCAUCAGCAGCGGCGCUCCGGUCAGCCCUCAGGCAGGAGGCGCUGCAGCCUGGUUGGCAAAAAGCCAGAGCCAGCAGGGACAGCAGCAGCAGCACACCCUGACCAACCUGGGGAACAACAGCGGCUCAGAAGCGAGUCAGGCCCAGCACAGGACCCAGAUCAAGACGGAGCAGCUGAGCCCGAGCCACUUCAGCGAGCAGCAGGGCUCCCCGCAGCACGUCACCUACAGCCCCUUCAACCUGCAGCACUACAGCCCCUCCUCCUACCCGGCCAUCUCCAGGGCGCAGCAGUACGAAUACGCAGACCACCAGGGGGGCACCGCAGCAGCCGCCGCCGCCGCCUCCUACUACAGCCACGCGGGGGCGGGGCAGGGCUCAGGGCUCUACUCGACUUUCAGCUACAUGAGCAGCCCCAGCCAGAGGCCCAUGUACACGCCCAUCGCCGACAACACAGGGGUGCCCUCCAUCCCCCAGAGCAGCCCGCAGCACUGGGAGCAGGCGCCGGUUUACACCCAGCUCACCAGACCCUGAGCACUGGCCCCGGCAGACUUAAACAAGACUUAACAAAACACAAUGACAUGUACAGCCACACACACACAUAUACAAACACACACACACACACACACACACACUCCAAAAAACACUUUACUUCAAGGAGACUUCUUCCUCCAGAGCUGCUCCCUGAAUCAGACACUUGAAUUCCAAGAAGAGGAGAGCUGGACUUGUGAUUGGCUCACGUCGUGCCUUGCUAUUGUAUCAUGAUAGAAACUAUAUAUAUAUUUUUUAGAGAGAUGAAAAGACUUAAAAAAUCCUCUGUGAGGACUUAUGAUUGUCGAUAUUUCAGUAGGUACUGUGUAUGUUUCUCCAUUGUUGUUUAUUUUCUUCAUACGCUGGCAGUUUGUAACCCAUGGGGGGUGGGGG